AUGUUUUGGGGUGUAAAAUUAUAAAAUGGAUAAAUCAAAACCAUAAAGGCCAAUCUGAUAAUCACCAACCUCUGUGGUCUUGGCACAGUGAGACUCAAUAACAUAAUGAUUGCGACGCUGACAACCAAGUAGCCCCAACUUUUGGUUGAUUAUAAAAUAAAUGGAGAAUUCACAUUGUAAAGCGAGGGAGGUGAUGUUGAUGUGUGUGGGUACUAUGCUGACAAGGAGUCUUUGGACGAGUAGGAUUUGCAAUAAUUAUCGAUUAAAGCAUAAUCAAUGUAAAGUGAGGAACAGUUGGAUGCCAUAUUUAAGGAGCAAUUAAGAAAUAUAUAGAAAAUGCUCAAAAAAUGA